AUGCUCUUGUCCUCUAAGAAGGACCUCAAGACAGCCCUGGAGGUCUUUGCUGUUUUCCAGUGGGCCCUCAGUGCCUUCCUUAUUGUAACCACUGUGAUCCUUGUCAACCUCUACCUGGUGAUAUUCACAUCAUACUGGCCUGUUACUGUGCUCAUUCUUACCUGGCUGGCUUUUGACUGGAAGACCCCUGAGCAAGGUGGCCGCCGGUUUAACUGUGUGAGAAAGUGGUAUCUGUGGAAACACUACUGUGAUUACUUCCCUCUCAAGCUUCUGAAGACUCACGAUAUCUCCCCCAGCUGCAACUAUAUCCUCGCCUGCCACCCUCAUGGGCUCAUGUCUCAUUCAUGCUUUGGCCACUUUUCUACAGAGACUUCAGGUUUCUCCAAGAUCUUUCCUGGCAUCACCCCUUAUAUGCUCACAUUGGGAGCCUUUUUCUGGGUGCCUUUCCUCAGAGAAUAUAUAAUGUCUACAGGGGCCUGCUCUGUGAGCCAAUCCUCCAUGGACUUUCUGCUUACCCAUAGAGGCACAGGCAACAUGCUCAUUGUAGUGGUUGGUGGCCUGGCUGAGUGCAGAUAUAGCCAGCCAGGCUCUUCCACCCUGGUGUUGAAGAACCGGUCUGGAUUUGUGCGUGUGGCCCUUCGACAUGGAGUGGCUCUAAUCCCUGCAUAUGCCUUUGGGGAGACGGACCUCUACGAUCAGCACAUUUUCACUCCUGGGGGCUUGGUCAACCGCUUCCAGAAGUGGUUCCGGAGUAUGGUACACAUCUACCCUUGUGCUUUCUAUGGCCGUGGCUUCACCAAGAACUCCUGGGGCCUCCUGCCCUAUACUCGGCCUGUAACCACCAUUGUUGGGGAGCCUCUGCCACUGCCCAAGAUUGAGAAUCCAAGCCGGGAGAUUGUGGCUAAAUACCAUGCACUCUAUAUUGAUGCUCUGCGCAAGCUCUUUGACCAGCAUAAGACCAAGUUUGGCAUAUCUGAGACCCAAGAGCUGGUGAUAAUUUGACAGACAUUGGCAGCAACUUCUUAUCCUGGAUGGAAGCUCUUCUCUGCCUUUUCCUUGUGGCUACUGGGAGAUAGCCCUAAGAAGCAGGGAAGAACCCAAGGGGAGAGGUACCCUGAAGGUACUUUGACACCAGCAUUGAGGAAAACAAUGGAGAGA